AUGAGCUCCAUCACCGACCGAGCAGCUGGCUUGAUCUCGCGCGUCAACCCGCUCAAGGACCCUGGCUUUGCCCAGAACGCCUCGCGGGCCCUUAGUUAUAACUACGGCCCCGUUUCGAUCCUGGCUGCGUUUGCUGGAUCGCACCUUUUACUGCAACACCGUCUUCCCAUGCUCUUCUAUGGGCUCGACAACAACGUCUACCCGCGUGAUGACCUCCGUGUCAACGGUGAGAAGCACGUCGCAUCGGGCAAGAUCACUCCCGCUCAGCUUCGCCGUCUCAAGCGAUGGGAGGCUGCUCACUACAACGCCGUCGAGAGCCUGCCGGUCUUUAUCGGCGCCAUCCUGUCACUGCAGUUCUCUGGUGCUUCCAACCGCUUGAUUAACCGUGUUGCUGGUGUCUACCUCACUGCACGUGCUGCCUAUGCUGUGCUUUACAUCACUGCUGAAGACCCCAAGCUGGCCUGGGGUCGCACUAUUGCUUGGUGGACCGGCAACAUCACGUGCAUCUACAGUCUUGUGCAGGCUGCCAAGCACCUCAACCACGGCGUUGCCACUGGCGUCACUGCUCUGUAG